CUCCUCAUCCAUCACUCCCCAAUCCAGAACACACUCCCAAGAUGUCAAUUCUAUUAUUCAUCCAAUAAUAAUUAAUAAUAAUAAUUCAAUAAUUCAUAAUAUUUCACAACCUUUUAAUCCUAUUUCUUAUUCUUCUUCUUCUUUCUUCUUUUUCUAUCCCUAACUAACCAAAAUGUGCUCUGCCACUGCAACAACACGAUUGUUUUCAACCGAUAACCACAUUCCCAAAUCCUUCACUCGUCUCUGUAAGCCCUUUCAUUCUAGGGUUCCCACUUCCCUUUCAUUCCAUUCCACACGACCUUCCUUCUUCGUCAGAGCUACGGUUGUAAAGUGGCGAUGUCCAAACCAAACUCUCCCUCCCAACUGCGAUACCAGUUUCGAAAAAAAGGCCCUGUAUCUGGAGUCUAUCGGUAUCGACUCUUUCUCACUUAUUGAAGAUCAUCCAAUGCUGAUCACCGCCUCACUUGAUGAUAUAAAAUCCACCGUGGAAUACAUUACUGCUAUGGAUUUCACUGCAAUCGAGUUUCGACGUAUGGUUGGCAUGUGCCCUGAGAUUCUAACUACCAAAGUCUCGGACAUUAUACCUGUCUUCACAUUCCUUCACCGCGAAGUUCAUGUAAGUGGCAAAAAUAUCAAGCACGUGAUAAAUCGUCGUCCUCGGUUGAUUAUAUGCAAUGUUGAUAAGCAACUACGUCCUACCAUGUACUUCCUCCAAAGUAUUGGCAUCGAAGAGGUAAACAAGCACACACAUUUGCUGUCAUGUAGUGUCGAAGAAAAAUUUAUACCCCGAAUCAAUUACUUUGAGAAUAUCGGGUUCUCUCGCCGCGACACAACUUCGAUGUUUCGACGAUUUCCUCAGCUGUUUUGUUAUAGUAUUAAGAAUAAUUUGGAGCCUAAAUACAAUUACUUUGUGGUGGAGAUGGGGAGAGAUUUGAAGGAGGUGAAAGAGUUUCCACAUUAUUUCUCAUUUAGCUUAGAGAAUAGGAUUAAGCCUAGACAUAAAAGGUGUGUAGAAAUGGGGGUGUGUUUUCCUCUACCUUUGUUAUUAAAGACUAGUGAAGUGACAUUUCAGAAUAGAUUAGAAGCAUUUGUAAAUUCUUCAACACCCUUGAAAACAUCUCCUCUGUGGAGUGCUGGUUGUGAUAUUAUUAAUGAAGUAUAGACAAAGCAAUUGCAUUGUAUAUUUACA